AUGCUGUCUAGUAUCAUACGAUCAAGUAAAACUAUAUUGCACCCUAGAGCAACGAUAGCUAGACCUAGAGUAUCCUAUCACCACUUGCGCGAUACAUCAGCUACUCGUCAUCAGGUAGCGCCACCUUCACUGCUGUUUCAUUCGACUCGAGCUCGCACUUAUCAUGCCACUACGCCAUUAGCCUUGCAGCCUCAAAUGAGAGCCAUCAGCAUAUGGUCGAUUCCCAAGCUUGCUUUGAGAACCGUGCGUUUGCCUUUUAUCGUUGCAGGAACAACUAUCACAACAGCAAGCAUUGCGUCCAACAAAUUUCAAGAUAUGGCAAACAAAAGCAGAGGGUUUGUUCAAGAUAGCUUGAAUUCGGUGGAGUCGUUCUUUCAGAAAGCUCAAGCUUCAGUGCAGGGCAUCGAUGUAUCCAUUCCAGAAUUGCAUUUACGACUACCUCAGUCCAUUCGAAACCUGCUGUUGUCGAAAUCAACCCAAGUCGAAGAAUCCAAAGCCGUUAAUCAUAAAUCAACAAAAUCAGAGCAUUCAGGAGGAAACAAUGGAGAUGGAGGAAGCAAUGGAGGUGGAGGUGGAGACUCUGCAGCUGCGGCUGCUGCUGUCGCUGCUGCUGCUGGAUUCACACUCUACUCAAAUGGCGAUGAAGAGGAGGAGGAGGAGAGCGAGGACGAAGCUGUAGAAAAGAGCAGAAGCAAAAGAAAAAAGAAGAAUGACUAUGGCAUUAGUGCACAAGACGAACAGUUGAUGAUGCUGACCAAAAAGCUGAUCGAGAUUCGCAGCAUACUGAUGUCCAUUGACCAUAAUGAGACGCUGAAAUUACCAAGCAUUGUUGUCAUUGGAUCACAGAGUUCUGGUAAAAGUUCUGUACUUGAAGCUAUUGUUGGCCAUGAAUUCCUACCAAAAGGAAGCAACAUGGUGACAAGACGACCCAUUGAAUUGACCUUGAUCCAUACGCCAAAUCAAGAAGAAGAGUACGGCGAAUUCCCUGAUUUGGGCCUUGGAAAGAUUUUCGAUUUUAAAAAGAUUCAAAAGACGCUGGUUGAUUUGAACAUGGCUGUUUCCGAAUCUGAGUGCGUGUCUGACAAGCCCAUUGAACUUCGAGUCUACUCUCCUAACGUUCCAGACCUCACAUUGAUUGAUCUGCCAGGCUAUAUCCAAAUCUCCAACAAAAAUCAACCAGAGACACUCAAGAACAAGAUUGAAGAUUUAUGCGAAAAGUAUAUCCGUGGGCCCAACAUCAUUUUGGCUGUCUGUAGCGCCAAUGUUGAUCUGGCCAACUCGCCUGCUCUCAAGGCCAGUCGAAAAUGGGACCCCCUAGGGCUUCGCACUAUCGGUGUCAUUACCAAGAUGGACCUUGUGCCACCUCAGGUGGGUGCUGCUAUUCUUCGCAAUACCGACUAUCCCUUGCAUUUAGGGUAUAUUGGUGUCGUCUGCAAAGCACCUGAAAAUAUGACAGAUGGAAACAUGACCCGGGCCCUGAUCAAGAGCGAAGAAUCCUACUUUAGAUCUCACCUCAUCUUCAACCAAAGAGACAUUCAAGUCGGCACCUCCACAUUGCGACACAAAUUGAUGAAUGUGCUGGAGCAGAGCAUGGGCAAGUCGCUCUACAGUAUUGUGGAUGCAGUGCAACGUGAGCUGGAAGAAGCCAAAUAUCAGUUUAAAGUUCAAUACAAUGACAGAAGGGUGACAGCCGAAUCCUACGUAGCAGAGACCAUGGAUUGCCUAAAACACGAUUUCAAAGAUUUUGCCAAUAAUUUUGGCAAGCCUCAAGUACGACAUGAAGUGCGCACGAUGCUGGAGCAGAGAGUAUUGGAUAUCUGUGCAGAGCAAUAUUGGUGUGACCCCAAGAUCGCGGAAUUGCCAAAGGCCUCAUCAGAGGAUAUUUAUUGGCUGUACAAGGUAGAUUUCGCAUCAGCCGCCCUGACCAAGAGCGGCAUUGGCAGAUCAACCACCCAAUUAGUAGUGGAUGUGCUGAUGAACAAUAUGGAACGACUGGCCAACGCAGAGUCAUUUAGCCACCACCCUGAAACAAGAAAGCAAAUCAUGAAGUUUACAAGCGAGAUUUUAAGGACUAAAUUCUUGGCUACUAGCGAUCAAGUGGAAAAUACCAUCAAACCCUACAAAUUCGAAGUUGAGGUGACCGAUAGCGAAUGGAACGACGGUGUCAAGCGCUCCAUCUCUUUGCUCGAGAAAGAGCUUGAAAUGUGCGAUGAAAUGGCGAAUGCUAUCAAGAACUCGGUUGGCAAGAAGAAACUAAAGAGUGCCAUCAACUAUGUGCUGGAUUCAGAAAAGGAAGAGACCCGCCGUCAAGAGAGAAUUGAAGAUGCUGUUUACCAAGAUGACGAAGAGGAGGAAGUUGUCAAAUCAUUCUACAACCCCAAGCUUCUCGAAAAGGCCAAGGAUGCCAUCUAUCUGCGAGACAGAGCCAUGAUUCUCAAGUACCGUAUUGCAGCAUUGAAGAGUCGCCAAUGUAAAUCGUCCGAGAACAAGCAGUACUGCCCCGAGGCAUUUCUAAAUGUGAUUGCUGAAAAGCUGACCUACACUGCUGUGAUGUUUAUUCAAGUUGAGCUACUAAAUGAGUUUUUCUUUCAAUUUCCUCGUGAGGUGGAUAACAGAUUGGUGUAUGAGAUGGAUCGCCGUCAAAUCCAACAAUUUGCACGAGAGAAUCCUCCCAUUCAGAAGCAUCUGGAGCUGCAAGAACGUAAAAUGAAGCUAGAGGAAGUGAUGGACAAGCUGAAUUACCUUGUCAAGAGACAAGCAGAUAGACAAUCUUCCAACAAUAAUAACUCAAAAGCAUCAGCAAAUCCUUAUUAA